AUUUCAGCCGCUGCUCUGAGAACUCACAGUGAGCAGUCCCUGACAGACUGUUACUUCGCUACAACUGGAGAGAUGACCAUCUUAAUUUACUUAUUUGUCUUGCUGUGGGAAGAGGCUGCAGGAUGGGGAUUCAGGAAUGGAAUUUUUCAUAACUCCAUAUGGCUUGAACAGGCAGCAGGUGUGUACCACAGAGAGGCCCGGUCUGGCAGAUACAAGCUCACCUACGCAGAAGCUAAGGCGGUGUGUGAGUUUGAAGGCGGCCGUCUUGCGACCUACAAGCAGCUGGAGGCAGCCAGAAAAAUUGGAUUUCAUGUCUGUGCUGCAGGAUGGAUGGCCAAGGGCAGAGUUGGAUACCCUAUUGUGAAACCAGGGCCCAACUGUGGAUUUGGAAGAACUGGUAUUAUUGAUUAUGGAGUCCGUCUCAAUAGGAGUGAAAGAUGGGAUGCCUAUUGCUACAACCCACAUGCAAAGGAGUGUGGUGGUGUCUUUACAGAUUCAAAGCAUAUUUUUAAAUCUCCAGGCUUUCCAAAGGAGUAUGAGGAUAACCAAAUCUGCUAUUGGCACAUUAGACUCAAGUAUGGUCAGCGUAUUCACCUAAGUUUUUUGAACUUUGACCUUGAAGAUGACCCAGGUUGCUUGGCUGACUAUGUUGAAAUAUAUGACAGUUAUGAUGAUGUCCAUGGCUUUGUGGGAAGGUACGUGAGGUUUCCCCUUUUGCCUACCCUUCCUCCCAUAGGAAAUGUCAUGACCUUGAAGUUUCUGAGUGAUGCUUCAGUGACAGCAGGAGGUUUCCAAAUCAAAUAUGUUGCAGUGGAUCCUGUGUCCAAAUCCAGUCACGGAAAAAAUACAAGCACUACUUCCACUGGAAAUAAAAACUUUUUAGCUGGAAGAUUUAGCCAUUUAUAAGAGGAAAAAAGGAUGAGCAGAAUAUACAGUGUUUCUGUUUGCAUCUUUUGGAACUCCUUUGAUCUUACUUUUAGAUUAUUAUUGUUAACAUUUAUUUAUUAUUUUUCUAAAUGUGAAAGCAUUACCUACUUUGGGGGAAAUUGGAAAAUACAGAAAACUUUAAAUGAGAAAAUAAAAUCUCUCAUAACCUCACUGCAUAGAAAUAACAAGCAUUAACAUUUUUAUAUAUUUUUCUCUCAGUCAUUUUUCUGUUUGUGGUAUAUAUAUGUAUAUGUAUUUGCAUUUGAAAUUUUGGAAUCCCACUCUACGUAUAGUUUUACAUCCCUGUUUUGUUAACCUUGAACUUUAUAGUUUAAGCGUUUUCUGAAAUCAUUGAGUAGUCUACAAAAACAUGAUUUUGAACAGCUGUAAAAUAUUCUAUGGUAUGAUUGUUCCAUGUGUUAUUUAAGCCUGUCUCUAUUGUUGGAAUUUCAGGUUGUUUUCAUAAGUAUUGCCAUAAUAAAUAUUCUUGAACAUACA